AUGCACAGCUCCUUCACCCGCCUCCAAAACGUGUUUGGAUUCUUCACCACCGUGGCCUGCGUGCUGGCCGGCCUCAUCGCCGCCACCGACCUGCUCGCCGCGCGAAGGCCGAGCGGCACCAUCACGCCCACCAACAUCCAAGUCGUCCGCGGCCGCCCGCACUACUACUCCGCCAAGAAGGAGGAGUACGCCAUCCUCAAGUUCUCCCUCGACGCCGACCUCUCCUCCCUCUUCACGUGGAACACGAAGCAGCUGUUCGUGUACGUCACCGCCGACUGGCCCGCCGGGCCCGCCGCCAACACCACCAACUCGGCCGUCAUCUGGGACAGCAUCAUCACGAGCCCGAGCGCCGACCACCUGCAGAACAUUGGGCCCGUGGCCAUGAAGAAGCUCAAGCGGAGCGCGCAGGGCAAGUCUAUCGAUCCGUCUCGGGGUCUGCUCAAGCUGAGGAACCAGCGGCCCAAGUACCAGAUUACGCAUCCCAGCGGCAGGAUCGCCAAGACGGACAAUGUCGUGCUGAAGCUGCACUACAACGUGCAGCCGUGGGUGGGCCUGCUCACAUGGAACCUGAACGACAAGCUGGGCUAUUGGGAGCCCAUGGCUGGCGGUGUGAGCGACAGGUUCGAGUUGCCGGCCACCAAGGUCAAGGAUGCGAGCAAGAACAAGGCCAAGAAGGCGUGA